GCCGGGCCAUGGGGGCCGCCGGGCACCCGGGGCCUGGCCUGGCGAGGCCCGCCGCGCCGCCGCUGAGCGCGCAGGUGAGGCCGGCCCCGCCAUGGUGGACUCCGUGGGCUUCGCGGAGGCGUGGAAGGCGCAGUUCCCGGACUCGGAACCGCCGCGCAUGGAGCCGCCGCACAUGGAGCCGCCGCGCAUGUCGGUGGGCGACAUCGAGCAGGAGCUGGAGCGCUGCAAGGCCUCCAUCCGGCGCCUGGAGCAGGAGGUGAACCAGGAGCGCUUCCGCAUGAUCUGCCUGCAGACGCUGCUGGCCAAGGAGAGGAAGAGCUACGACCGGCAGCGCUGGGGCUUCCGGCGCGCGGCGCAGCCCCCCGACGGCGCCGCCGAGCCCCGCGCGCCCCUGCCGCGCCCGCAGCCCGCGCCCGCGGACGGAGCGGACCCGCCGCCCGCCGAAGAGCCGGAGGCCCGGCCCGACGGAGAGGGCUCCCCGGGCAAGGCCAGGCCCGGCGCAGCCCGCAGGCCCGGGGCCGCCGCGUCGGCGGACCGGGACGACAGGGGGCCCCCCACCAGCGUGGCGGCGCUCAGGUCCAACUUCGAGAGGAUCCGCAAGGGCCACGGCCAGCCCGCGGCGACGGACGCCGACAAGCCCUUCUACGUCAACGUGGAGUUUCACCACGAGCGCGGCCUGGUGAAGGUCAACGACAAAGAGGUGUCGGACCGGAUCAGCUCCCUGGGCACCCAGGCCAUGCAGCUGGAGCGCAAGAAGUCCCAGCAGGGCCCCGGGCAGGGCGCGGGGGACACGCCCAGGCCCGCGUACCGGGGGCGCGCCUCGGAGAGCGGUUGCGGCGUCGACGGCGACUACGAGGACGCCGAGUUGAACCCUCGCUUCCUGAAGGACAACCUGAUCAACGCCAAUGGCGGAGGCAGACCCCCUUGGCCGCCCCUGGAGUACCAGCCCUACCAGAGCAUCUACGUCGGGGGCCUGAUGGGGGAUGGGGAGGGCAGGGGCCCCCUCCUGCGCAGCCAGAGCACCUCGGAGCAGGAGAAGCGCCUCACCUGGCCGCGCAGGUCCUACUCCCCCCGGAGCUUUGAGGACUGUGGAGGCGGCUACACCCCGGACUGCAGCUCCAACGAGAACCUCACGUCCAGCGAGGAGGACUUCUCCUCCGGCCAGUCCAGCCGCGUGUCUUCCAGCCCCACCACCUACCGCAUGUUCCGGGACAAGAGCCGCUCACCCUCGCAGAACUCGCAGCAGUCCUUUGACAGCAGCAGCCCCCCGACGCCGCAGUGCCACAAGCGACACCGGCACUGCCAGAUUGUCGUGUCGGAGGCCACCAUCGUGGGCGUCCGCAAGACCGGGCAGAUCUGGCCCAGCGAUGGAGACGGCGCCUUCCAUGGAGAGGCAGCAGAUAGCUGGCUGUCAUUGCUCAGACGGUGUGCACCAGGGUAAACAUGACAGAGGACACAGACUUUCCUUUAGGUGACAGCUGAUAUCCUGGGUCUGCAGAUGGAUGUAGGUCCUACCGUUACCUUCUCACCAUGUUACGUAUGUCACUGCCCAUGUUAUCCGCUGGAGGAGAUAUCAUUGAUCUCACAUCCCCCAAAUGUCUCAGAACCUCUUUGAUCUGGAAUGAAGCAGAGAUGAACAGAGAAACGUGGAAUUGUUCUAUGAGAACUGAAGUCUGGACUCCGGACAGCUGGGUCUGUACAGUCCUGGAGGGUCAUUUCUUCUCUUCUUGGCAGAUUAUUAAACCGCUGAUUCAGCAGGUCGGGGGUGGCCGGGCAGGGACAGGCUGACCCGGCGGCUGCUCCUGGAGCACUCCUUCUUGCUCAGGCCACUUUCUCAGACGGAGAACUUCUAGUUUCACGUGUUUGCAUGACUCUUCCCUGUUUGUGGACCCCAUAAUGUGAAUCAUUGUAAAAGUGGGGACUUAUAAACUGGAAAGUCGGCUAUCGUGGAUGCAGCCCAUCCGUGAUAGCCUAAGUUGUGAGCUCAAGGAUAACCUUUUGAUAUUGUUGUGUUCCUCUACUUAAACUUCACUGAAGUACUUUCCCAACAAAGUUUAUUUUAAAUCUACACUGCGUGUGACUAUUGCUAUCUAGCUGUAACUCUUUCAUAUCACAGGUUUAUUCUAGAACCUCCUAUAAUGCUUAUAAUUCUUACCAUGUUACAUAUAUUUAUUUUUUUAUUCAAAUAUUUUAUUAUUAAUGAUUUCUUUUUGCUUGUUUAGAUAUUCCUUCUGUUAUAACUAGAGUUAUUGUCUUUCUAGGGAUAUUGGUCUAUCAGAUAGCAAAUUCAGUUUGCUCUGGGGGUUUGGAGGGAUGGUAGCAAACAGCUGGCCCACUGAGAGGUGCACAUAUCUGAUAUUGGGUGUUGUUAUAUAUGCAAAUACCUUCGGGCUUUCCUGUAGAUUCAUAAUCACACAAUUGUGACAGUUUGUCUAGUUUAUGUUAUUCAGUUAACUCUCAAAAUGCUCAUGGACUUUUUAACAAUAUAUUCUUGAUAAUUAAGAUUCUGCCAGUAAGAAAACCUUGGAAAACGAAACACCAUCCAACAAUGAGUUGAACUGCAAAUUCAAAUUCAAUUUCUUCAUGUUUGUCAUUUAAUAAAACUAUUAUUCCCAAAAUUGUUUCUGUCACUAGUAUAAUUUUAGGAUAUUUUUGUUUCCAUGUAGUUUCAAGGUUUUUUUGCCUUAACAAAUGUAGUAGAAUGUAAU